GGGAAAUACACCGCGACCGGCUCCGGGAGCGGAGAGGUUGUAAACCGGCUUGCGCGCCGUCAAUGGACGGAUCGAAUCCAUCGAAGGGCCUACUUACGGCAAAGAACUCUGGCGCUGUUACCAUGGGUACAGUUUCCAAGGUGUCACUGGCCCGGCCUGGGAGCUUUCUGAAUGUGACGGGAGAGACGGAGGAAGGAGGGCAGAGAGACGAGAUACCGGCGACAUUUAACAUGGGCAGCAAAAAUAUGGGUGUGAAGGUGUUUGUAAGAAUCAGGACAACAGCUAAUUUUGCAGCAGAUAUGAUUGAGUGCUCCCCUGACAAUGAAACAAUAAAAAUUCACACCAGACGGGACCAGCGUAAGGAGGUAGCCAACAACCAACAUUGCGAUUGGUUAUUCAAAGUAGAUGAGAUUCUCCAUGAUGUUCCACAGGAUGUUGUGUAUGAUGCCGUUGCAAAGAAAGCAGUCUCCAGCACAAUAAAUGGCUUCAGUAGUACGUAGAUUUAAAUUUUCUAAUUGGGAAGACAUGAGGAAUUUCACUCU